AUGGAUCAUUCCGAUGUUGUAACUAAUGUCGUUCCUCUCACCAUUGUUCUAGUACAUAUUCCUACUAAAAGAAGGGCUAGAACACCUACUGUGAAAAUGGACAAGCCUUCAACUGUAAGUAAAUAUUCUAACCCCUCUGGGUCGGUUCAAAUUCCUUCUAGUGAGAUUAGGAAUAUUCAGCCCUUUGUUGUUGUCAAGAAACCCCACUCUAUGACUAACUUAUAUCUUGAUCCUAUUAAAACCACUAAUAUCGAAUCUGACGUUAUUGCAUCUGCUAAAGGUUCUAUUGUUCCAAAAGUAAUGGACACUAUUGGUAAACAUAUUCGUGUGUUAAUCUCUCAAAUUUUGGGUAUUGAACCUAAGUCUGAUCUUGUGUCGGAUGUCACUACAUCUUUGGCCCAAACUAAUCAUCCUAUUGAAAUUCCACUUGAAAAAUCUGAUGGAAAGUCUGAUAGUGAAUCUGUUCCAAUUAAGUCCCCUGAAAAAUAUGAAGAGAAAGAUGAUUAUGAUAGUAUGUUUGUUGAUAUAUCUGACAAAGAAGAAAAUUCUGGUGUGAAGAAGGAUCAAUCUACAGACAUUGUAAAUGUAGAUUAUCUGGACUCUGAUGAUGAGCCCAUUGGUAAAAGAUUGGCUCCAGGGAUAGUUAAGAGGUUAAAGAGUAGAAAAGGGAAAGUUGUUGAGUCUACAAGCAAGUCUCCCAAGGCUCCUAAGAAAAGUAGAAGUGUUGGUCCUUCUAAAGGGUGGAGCAAGGUUGUAACUCCCGCCACCAAGAAAAGAUCUCUGAAGAGAAAAGAAGUCCCCUCUAGUUCAAGUGAUUCUGACUUUGAUGUCGAAAAGAAUGUUCAAGACAUCAUGCCUAUAAAGAAAGAUGUUGGGAAAAAGGUCCCUGCUAAUGUGCCUGAAGUUCCCAUUGACAACAUCUUUUUUAACUCUGUUGAGAAUGUUGAAAAAUGGAAGUUUGUGCACCAAAUAAGGUCGACUUUGGAAAGGGAACUUGGCAAGGAUGCCUUUGAGUGCGCAGAAGUGAUGGAUCUGAUUAAAGAAGAUGGGUUGAUGAAAAGUGUGGCUGGUUUUGGAAAGUGUUAUGAGAUGCUUGUAAAAGAGUUCAUUGUGAAUAUGUCUAAGGAUUGUGAUAACAAGAGGAAUAAGAAGUUCAGAAAGGUGUAUGUGAUAGGAAAGCGUGUGGAGUUUUCUCCGGAGAUCAUUAACAGGUUCAUGAGCAGAAGUGAAGAGGAACAAGUUGAAGUGGAGGUAAAGAAAUGGCCAAGAAAAGGGAAGCUAUCAAUUGGUUGCUUAAGUGUGAAGUAUAUAGUACUUCAUAGAGUUGGAGCUGCUAAUUGGGUUCCAACAAGUCAUACUUCCAACAUUGCUACAUGGCUGGGUAAGUUCAUUUACAUUGUUGUUUACAGGGAAAAUGUCCUAGACAUUGUCACGACAUCUGACAAGAAAUCUAUCAUCUCUACUUAUAGGAUAGGAAUCAUUGUUGAAUUAAAGGACACAUGUAAAACUUUGGAUGAAACUAUCAAAGCUUGUACUGAAAAGAAGAGCAGGUUUGUGAUCCUGAUAAAUGCUUUGUUUGAAGAAGAUACUGAGGGAAACCUGAAUGGUGAUAAGGAGAAGUAUAAUGAGGUUGAAUAA